CGCUAUAGAAAGGGGGAUGCUGCAGCCCCGUCCCCCUCAUAUCUCACUCCACCCAGCCCUAGAAUAAAAACCACCGGUGACGUGCGCGCAGGGAAGCACCCAGCAGUAUGUGCGCGCCCACGGGAGGGGCCGACAGAAAAUGGCGAGUCUGUGCAAAAGGCAGCAAUGCACGAUAGAGAGGCGCGGCUUUCGGCAGGAACUUGACUCUUGGAGGCACAAACUCAUUCACUGUGUAGGCUUUGAAAGCAUCUUAGAAGGCUUGUUUGGGCCGGGACUAGUCAAAGAUAUCACCCUUUUCCAAGACUGCGAGCCCGAGGAAGUGUCUGACUGGUCCUUCGAUGAAAACUGUCUCUUCUGCUGCAUACGACGCGAGAAAGUCAAGGAGCACAGCGUAGAGAACGGUGGAGGCAGCCAGGUGCUGUCGGAGUGUGAAGACUUCAAACAGGAGCAGUCUCGGAUCAGCCGGCUGGAGAGACAGGCCCAAGACUUCCUCAAUGCUGUGUUCCACAGAAAAGACCUCCCAAGUUUCUCAGAACCUCACAUUCCUCUAGUGGCUCGUGAGAUCAUGCAGCGAAUGAUCCGCCAGUUCGCUGCCGAAUAUACCUCAAAAACUACUCAGGACGACUCGCCCCUGCCCAACGGCACCAUGAAGGACCAAAGCCUGCCGAGAGUGGCGUCUCUGGCCCCGGCCCCAUGCUCCCCACCUGGGCCCCUGCGCGUGCCGAGCUCCCCUCCAUCGUCUGCCUCCUCCUCUCCAUCCCCGACCCCAGGGCCGGGCCUCAGCCCCACCUCCGCCGCUGCUGCCUCAGCAUCUGCCUGCAGCAACGGUACAGGAGCCAGUAAUGGUGGAGGAGGUACGGCUGCUGCCUCUGCACAGAAUCCCGUCCUCAGCAAGCUUCUCAUGGCCGACCAGGACGGCCCACUGGACCUCUCCGUCAAAAAGAACCAGGACGACCCAGAGCCCAGCCAACAGGAUGGCGUCCUGGACCUCUCCACCAAGAAAAACCACAGCGCAGGAAGCCACAAAACCUUCCCCGGCAUCUCCCAUGCGCCUGGGGUCAAAGGACGUUCCCUCAAAGUGGAACAGACCCUGCCAGAGGUGGAUGAGGAGGAUGGCCUGCUGCAGAGAAGCUUGCAGGAUGGCCUGAGGGAGAACUACGUCAAUUCCAACUCUUUUAAGCCCCCACUGGCCCGCUCACUGCGAAUCAAGGAAGAACUCCUCAGCCAGAAGCACCGCCUCCUGAGCCAGCCUGCUGCUCUUUCACUGGCUAAUUUAGAGUCAGCUGGCUUGCUCAAUCACGGGCAGUGCCACUCCUUGCUUGGCCAGAAAAGCUCUCCCUCUUUCUGGGGAAGCAAGGCCCAUAUCGACAGCCUGCUGAAGCUAAAGCAGGCCAGUGGAGCUCUGAGCGGGGCCCUCAGCGACCUCAAAGACCUGCCUACAUUCCUGGAGAAUCACCACCACGGAGCCUUCUCUUUCAAAAGUUCCCUCCACCAUCACAAUCAGGUCUCCAAGGCCCAGCACCACCACAAUGAGGGCAAGAGAGACCAGGGCCACUCACCUCCAGUCGACCUAAAGAUUCCUCAAGUUCGAGGCAUGGAUCUCUCCUGGGACUCCCAUGCCUCUGAGCUGUACGGCUUUGGUGGCAUGGGGGUUGGGAGUGGUGGGCAUGGGGAGAACAGCCUGAGCCGGAAGCUGAGAGCCAUCCUGCCCAAACAGAACCGCAGGGGAGGGAGCCUUGGAAGCCUGCUGGAUGGGGCAUCUGACUACUGGAGCUCUGACAUAGACCACUCAAGUUCCGGGCCAGCAUACUCCACCUCCGACGUGGAAGGGGACCCAAACUCCAAGCAGCCGAGGAAGAAGAGGGGCCGUUAUCGCCAGUACAAUAGCGAGAUCCUGGAAGAGGCCAUUGCAGUAGUGAUGAAUGGGAAGAUGAGCGUGUCCAAGGCUCAGAACAUGUACGGGAUCCCACACAGCACCUUAGAGUACAAGGUCAAGGAGCGCAUGGGAACCCUGAAGAAUCCCCCAAAGAAGAAGCUCAAGCUGAUGAUGAAAAUGGAAGCUGGAGGCCAGGAUUUUCCUGCUGAGUCGGAGAACAUGCCCACCACAACCCCAAGAGAUGACGGCCAGCCGCUGGCAGCUGCUGAGCUCAAGGACAAUGUAAAAGAAGAGAUCGAUGACAAUUUCAAACCAAUCGACUAAACAACUUACACAUGUAAACCUCAGUCAAAUGACUAAAGUAAUUUGAAAACGGAUGGGGCUUUAUUUGUGCCAAUUUACUUUGCAGUAUCUGGGUGAGCACAAACGCAGGGAUAAUAUGAGGAGGAUUCGUAAAACAAACUGGAGAUAAACGACUAAUCGGAUGGUUUUUAACAAGCAUCGCUUGAGCGGUGCUGUGUAAGCAUUUGUUUAGCUUUUAUGUCCAGGGGCUUAACAAAUGCAGCUAAAGACAUUAGUUAAAUGACAAUUAAUGAAAUUUCCAUAAGCAUGCUGAUAAUCCUCAGCCCAAAAUACCCAAUCCCCCUCUUUUCUGAACUUGAUACACUGAACCGUUGCUGCUUAUAAAUGCAGUUUGGAUUUUGGACCAUUCCAAUUUGGGGGGGAAAUGAGGGGAAGGUUGAAAAUUAACUCCUUAAAAACUGAUAAAUUAGUCCCUUUACUGCUCCCCUCUCUCAUGGAGUAUGAGCUGAAAAUUGGUAAGUGAACUGUCUGCUACGUUUGAAGAAAACUGUAAGGUUUAAUCAUACCAUUGAUAUUCCUCACCAGGGUUCUGAAUCAAAACCCAUUCUCUUAUUGCCAGGUAGCCAUGACGCUUUAACUGCAAACCUUUUCUUUCCUCCUUAAGAUAUUCUGCUAAUCGUUGUGCGGACGAAAGCAACAUUAACCCGUCCUUUUUGAAUGAGAAAAGACACACAAAAGUCAUUCAGGGAUGCAUGUUUGUGAGUUUCGUGGACACUACUGACUUCUAUAAUUGACAUCUUUUCCUCUAUCUUUUCAUUUGAUUUGUUUUGCUUUCUUUUGCACUACACUUUGGGUCUGGCGCUUACAGACCAGGUUACCUCGGCAUUGUUGCCCUUGCAUCAUGCACUUAUUAUGGUCUGUCUCUGAAGCCCAGUCGCAACCUCGCAACGGGUCGGAGGUGCACAUCGCCUGUGUACGCUGAUCCACAAUCAGAUCCCAGGAAGUUCUAAAACUCUCUUUUUAGCCAAGGGACAAGUUGAAGGGUAAUCUGAUUGUGGAUUAGCUGUUUUUAAGGCGGAAUGCUACCUCAUGGACCUCUAUCAGUGUCUCACUGCUGAUCCUGGAAUGCUGGAGCUGCCUUCAGGUUGCCCUCCAAAUGGUAACCGAAGUGAGCUCAUCCCCUCAUGGAGAUCUUUAUUGGAUGAAGGCCUUUUAGGAUCAGAAUGUGAAACCCUGCUGCUAUCCAGUUGAUUAUCUAGCUCCUAUUAAGCUAGCCUUAGCUAACAACAACACAUUGCUGAUGUUUUGUUUUUUUUCCUUUUCUAAUCAAUCUAAGCAGAAAUGAAUUAACUGAUGAGUUUUAAAAGAAAUUCUUCUCCCUCAAACUUUAAAGACAGUUUUAAAGGCAGUUUACUACAACAAUGUGCAUUUAUAGAGGGUUGUUCAUUUUGGGAUGGUGGGUGGGCAAUAUGCAGUGGGGAGGGGUAGUUAAUAGAGGCGAGGGAAAGGCAGAUUUAAUAUAUUAUAAAUUAUUAUGACUGAUGAUGUAAAAGCCAAUCCAUGAUUCUGAAUGAUUUCUUUUCUCCUCAUUUUUAACUCAGGGUAACUGAGACAGAUGUUGUGGGUUUCAAAUAUGGUCAUUUCCUGUUGGACCUAUAGUAGACAGACAGGAGGACACCUCUCACUAAUGCUUUGUCUGCGGAAAGGGGGCCAUAUGAGUAAAAAUGGCAGCGCCAUAGCAGAUAUACCUGCUAAUGAAUCAUGAUAAAUGACAGAAAACACUGACGUUGGCUUUGGGGGUUGAACUCACGGCGCUAAACUUCUAAAAUCGCACUUUUCAAAAAUAAGAGAAAAACAAGAGAUAAAGGAAGCUGUUUAAGGUUAUGCAUGUAGUGUAGCUCUUCUCUGGGGGAUAUGGAACAGGGAGCGAUGACGAGGGCAAAGAGAUGGAAGAAAAAAGCUUUAGUGUGUGAAGACUUUCAGAAAGCUGCAGCUCGGACCCAAACUACUCUUUUUUUCCUUCUCGAUUACCUCCACCAUAAAAAAAAAGAAAAAAGAAAAAAAAAUGGUCGACAGCUUGAACAAGUGGAGUUUUGUGUAGUGUCGUCUCGUCGCUUUCCCUCCCCUCGCCGCUGAAGCACCAGGGAUAGAAAAACUAUCAUCACGUUUUAACAGGCGGGGAAAGAAUAUCCCUCAGGGGACGCAGGUGGAAAGAGAAAAAAAACACUCUUUUGGUAUUUUCCAUCAGGAAAAGAUUGAAGGAGAUGACAAAAGCUUUUUGUUUGUCAUGUUUUGUUGUUUUUUUGCUCUGUGGUAAAUGUUGUUCUUCGCUCCCAACACUGCCUGGUGCUCACCCAGUCUGUGAGAUUUUUAACACGAGAAUUGUACCUCUCUGUUCAGAUGAAAUGAUGACGAUUCACUCCUUUUGAAAUGUAUUGUACAUUUUAUUUAUUUGAUUUGUUUUUUUCUUUGAUUACGCUCUUAAAAAUGGCAUGCACCACUUUUUUGGGGGGCUGAUUUUGGGGGUUGGGCCAACCGAAUAUUUUAUGAUGAGAGGAUUUCAACACAAUUAAUCCUGAGCCAGAGAAGCUCAAACUCUCACUAUAUUAUGACUGAAUCAGAAUCUAAUUAGAAUUAGAAUCACUUACUACCUGUUGCAUACAAUCUUAAUUUUCCCCUCUGUGGUUAUUGGCUACCAUUUGUAGCUCCCCUGGCUUGACUGGCAGGUUUGCAUGGCCAGUGGGAAAAGCUCUAGAAAGACUCCUGGAACAACAGUAUUUCCAGGGGUCGUCAUGCAUUAAAUGCGUCCAACACUUUGACAAUGCUGAGCAUUUGAAGUGUCUAAAAGGUUGCUGUGUGCGUUGAGUUGGACCCAGCGAAGGACAAUGCACUGAUCUAAUAGUUAAAACAGGAUCGAAGCUCCAAUGUCGCUAGUAAAGCACUUCUUAUAAACACGCCUGUGAUGAUAGCUGCUCACUUAUCCAGCUGUGAAUACAGUUUGACAAAACACAACUUACAGUGUGUCCCCUCCCUCUAAAAUAACAGAACAGAACAAAGUCAUGGCACACUGUUGGCGCCUGUUAGCCUGUUUCAUGUAAUGCAUGUAAAGCAUGGAUUUGUGCUAAAAAGGAAAGAAAAUAUAUGUGUAAAAAUUAUGUAAUUGGCACUUAACGCACAGGUUUGCAUGGAUAAACUCCAACAGCACUUACACUGAAUUCCCCUGAGAGGGGCGAUUCCUCAAGGGCCAAACUAUCUCUAAAUCCUUUACAAACACUUUCUGUCCUUCAAGAAAUUCUUGAACUUUAAUGUACAUUUGGCUUUUGCUAUCAAUUUGCCAUUACUUUUUAAAAACAUGAGUAAUUUAAAAUGCUUAAAAAGUGCCCAUCAUCCUAUCUACUGAGGUGCAUGCCAUUUAAGGUAUAUUUAUUUCAUUUCAUUUGAUUUUUCUUGGGUUUUCUGAUUGUUUGUUGUCAUGUGGUUAACGGCUCCGCCUGUCCGAAAAAGUCCUCCUUCUUGCAACUGAGUCUCUCUGCUGUUUUUAAAGAAACCUCAUACUAUAUUAUAUACUUAAGAGAACAGUAUAUAUCUAUUUAUAUACAUAUAUAUUAACAAAUACUCACAUAAUGAAUGUAGUGAACUGAAUAUCUCAAACUUACAAAAUCAGAACAGUGAUCUGCAAAAAAAGAUGGCACUGUCAGUUCAUUUUUAACAGACUGUUGUUUUUAUUCUUUUGCUUUUAGUUUCACUUUACGCUGCUUGCAUUGGAAACGCAGUCGUUUUCUGACGCGGGCGUGCGACAGUAGCCUUCAGUACUGUAAAUGUCUCAGGAUCGAGCCAAUGGGAUGGGCAGCAAUAUUUGUCAGUCGGAAAAUGGCGCAGACAUAACUACCUGUACUAGAUGUAAUUUAUAGACUUAUAUAAACAGUAUAUAAAAUAUAUGUCUACUUGGUCAGCAAAGACCAAGUGUUAUACCUCAAUCUCAGAAUAAUGACUCCUUUCCGUGCCUCGUACUUUUAUGUAUACCUUACCUGGGAGCCUGGCGAAGGGAUAGCCGAUACUCUGGGAAAUAUAGUAUCCUCCGCUGUUUCUUUUCUUUUAUCUGUUCGUUAUUCUUUUCUUUGUUUCGCCUCUCUCUUGCAAAGGGAGGAGGGAGACGCUUCAAGUGUCUGACUGACCAAUAUUUGCCACCCUACCUCUUUUCAGGUAUUUUUUUGCAACAACAAACCUUUUAGACGUACGUAAUGAGCAACAGAUUGAGAAAAAGAAAGACCCACAGGGAUUAUACAGCUAUUCCUGUUCUUAGCACUGGAUGGGGUUGGUAUGGGGGGGCUUCAAACCUCUCAUUUCUCCUUCUAAAAGUCAAAACAUUUUGGGAUUCAGUCGUCUGGUUUCACCCUGGAGGCGAUAAGUCAGGUCGGUCCCACCCUGGUCUGAGAAAGAACAAGGUGUUUUUGUUCAUUGAGGGUUUUUUUUUUUCUUUCUUUCUUUCUUUCUUUCUUUCUUUCUUUCUUUCUUUCUUUUUUGGUUUAUUGUGUGUUUUUAGGUGUAACAUAACUCCAGGUUGAAACUUGACAGGGGGAUUUAGUUUUAAUUUCUCAUACCCAGAGAAAUCAGAGACCCAGAGGGGAGAUUGGGGGACAGGUGGACAAGUUAACCUUCCUUUAUCUGCUGUCUUGUAAAAGAAAAAUAUCCUAUCCAAAAUCUUUUACACUGCAUUCCAAAAACAAACCCCUCACACAGGAAAAUGUACCUUUUAUAUGAUGAAAAUGAAAAAAACCUAUAUACUUAUAUAUGUAUUAAUUUACUGUUUUUGCAUCUUCAGGUAAGCCAAUCUAUUUCUCUUUUGCUUUUCAGGUUGGUUUUCAUUUUAUUUUAUUUUUAUGUUUUUUCUUCUGAGUGAAAGACUGUCAAAAACGUGAUAAAAGAAAAAAAUGUCGAACAGCAACUACUGUAACCUCACUUAGUAGACGCCACAUGACGUGCCAUGUUGUUUCAGGAUGGUGUGUGAUGGUGUGGGCUACCAGGAAAGAAACUCCCAUAAUGUAUAUGAUUGCCAUGCUCCUCUCUGCAGAGAGGUUUCUGCUAUUUCUUUUUGUGUCACGCUGCAUAUCUGGUUGUCAUUUAUACCUCAGGUCCGACCACUUCAAAGCAGCUGAUUGUACAUUAGAAACACACACACACAACGAAGAAUCAGGAUUUUUAGUACGGUUCGUUUCCAGAUUUUUAGAUGUAACCGACGGAAGCAGUUUUUGAAUAAUUGUCGUUUCUUGUUGUCGUCGUUCGUACUGUUGCUAUUCUGAUGACAUCUUCCUUUCCUUUUGUUUUGUUUUCUUAUAAAAAAGAAAAGACAAAUUCUUUAAAAGCAAGAAGCCAGGUUUCUGUGAAUACAAUGCUGUAUUCUCUCUAGCACAUGCAGCCGUGGAAGAGCAGAACGCACACACACAUAUAGAGACAUGACGCACCUACAGCAACAUACACUCUCCCUCCUCAUCAGGUAGCCACACUUUGUGUGGGCGGGUUAUAUGUAUAAUUAUGAAGCUGGGAGUCGUUUUCUCUUUUAGAAGCAGGUGGGUGUGUUUUGUCCACAGCCUGCAGGACAUCAGCCCUGCUGGCUGAUUUUGAUCUGGCACACUGGGACAAUGCAGGCACUGCCUCUGUGAAAAUCCCUUUGUUUUUUUUUGUGCUUUCAACAAAGACUGCUUUUCGUCCUUUUUUUAAUCAACCUACCAAUCGUUUUGUUAAAGGAAAAAUCCUUCCUCAAGUUAUAUUUUAUGUUGUUCAUUCCUGCAGUUAUGUUUGUUAUAAUUUAAGUUUCUCCUUUUUACAUCCUUUCCUUCAACCUGCCGUCUGUUUCUGCUGCCGUCAGUGAUUGCCCGCGGUUUUACAGUUUACUGUGAAGGCAGCCAUGUCCUUUUGACAUUACAAUUAGAUUCAUAUUUAGGAGGUCUGUUUAAAAGGGACAUUUUCUAUAUUUUCUAGUUUGAAGAAUGAAAUCUCACAUUCCAACCUGUGACCAAACAAAAAAAAAACUGCUCCCCUGUUAUGUCUUGUGGCUGCAUUGCAUGCUGGAAUUAGAAAUUAAAUUCUCCACCUGAAGACACAAUCGACACUACAAGCUAAAGAAAUAGAUGCAGGAAUGCAAAGAACAUCGCCAGCAGCUAUAUGUUUUGGGUCAGGUUUCCAGUCCAGAGACUUGGAUUAAAGUUGUUUUUCAGUGUUUAGUCCAGGGCUAGGCUUAAAUCCCCAUCAGAGGAACUGUGUGUGUUUCUCGAUGGAUUUUUCUCUUAACUACAUAUCCAAGAAGACUGUCUAUAUCUAUCCUACUCUGGGGUGCAUUUAAAAAAAAUAAUAAGCAGCACAUGGACUGACAGUUACAAUUCUCCUCGUGUGUUGUAAGCUUCAACAUGCUGUCAUUUUUUUUCUGUUAAAAUGUGCAACUCCUCUGUCGUGGAGUGCGAUGCCAAGUGUUGUAAAUGUCAAAGCAUUUGUGAAGAUGUGACAAGCAGUCGCUCAGUAUCAGGCUGGCUUUGAAAGCAGAGCUGAGUACAGAUCUUAAAGGCCAGACACGCCUCUCGAAUGGUGCUGAUCUGCAGCAAUCAACACAACAGACACCUUCACUUCCUUCCGUUAUAUUUUAUUAAACAAUAAUUUUUGGCAUGGGCUCGUUAGUUUUGAUUCUGGACUCAGUCAAAAAGAUUUGCUUCCAAAACGUAAAUUCUUCACUUUAAGUGUUGAUUUUGAGCCAUAAUUCUAACUCGGAUAAAGUGAGAGAAUGCAUAGUGUUACUUAUUAAUCAAAACUGUCUGAAAACUAGAUUAGGAUAUUGAAAUUCUACACCUUUGUGUGCUUUGAAAAUAAGAAAAUCAACACAUUUACAGGGAGAUUUUGAAUAUUUUUAUGAGGUUUUCAAACCGCAGCCUGGUUUCACUACGUUGACGUCACUCAAAGCUGUUGAUUUCCAAAUUUCCAUCCAGGUUCAAUAAUCUACUUGACCACACUUCACUUCAUACUCACAUUUAAUCUGAUGGGGCCGCCAGGAAUAAGUUAUUAUAUUUGUUGUUCUUCAAUCAGUGGAAUCAGGAGUGCCUUUUGAAGACUCGAAUCACAAUCUCAAAUCUAAUCGUUAAGGGUUGGUUUCUUAAUCACAUUUAAUCUAACCACCCGAGUUAAUCACAGAGCAGUUGCUUCAAGAAUGACAUUCUUCUGUCGAAGCAAAAUGUCACGUGAUAUUCAGGUCAAAUUUGUUGGCUUAAAUUCCCAGCCCCCCGUCCCUGUGAUUAUGUUGUACUGUGAAAGCCUCGCAGGCAGACAUUUUCUCACACUGGCUGUUCUCGCCUCCGACGAGCCCGUGGUGCUGGCGUGCGUCUCACCCCUCCGCCUCGUCAGAAAGCCUCCUUACAGAUGGCAGAAAGACAGACUGUCAGAUAGACAUGGCUAUCUGAGGAGGUGGAUGGGAGUGCAAAGAUAAAAUCUAAGUGAGUACAGAAGAAUAAAGGCCGCUGAAGGUCGCCAUCCCCACCCCCACGCCACAGUUAAACAACAGGCUUUUAAUGGAACGAUGCUGAAAUUCACUUCACAAACAAACGUUACUUUGGUACAUUGCGACUAAAAGAUGCCACAGUUGAUUUGAAACUCCACUUAGAGAAGGAAGGGUGUUAUUAGAGACAAAAUAUCAGACGUGAUGUGCAGGUUCAAAAAGAAAAUUUUGAAAAUAAAAGCCAGGGCUGUGUGAAGGAAAUCUGGUCAAAAUGCUCUGUGAUAGAUUUAAUAAGGUGCCCUUGUGUGUUGCCAUGACAAUCUUGCAGCAUUGUUUCCAUGUGGAGGUGUGUCUGGCCCUGUAGAGCCACCUACAUGGACCAGCUGGUGUCUGUUUGUCUGAACUCAAAUACAGCUCUGCUAGUAGUGGUUUAUCUCCUGCAUUCGCACAUGAGCGUGGAGGUUUUGGGUUAGAGAAUUUUGGAGAUGUGAUGCUAUCUUGUUGCAAAAAAUAGUAGCCGUAAUGUGUAGAUACUGCUUUUUAAUUAAUUCAUCCGGCAUUGUCCUGUGCAUUUUCAAAGGAAAUGCUAUUGACAGAAGACACGAUUAUAGAAGAUCUUUGUCCAACACUGGCAAACAAAUAUUUACCACAGAAUGUCGGUUAUUCUUUUUUCAUGUCCUCUCCCUUCAGUUUACAAGACUCUGUCUUGCUCUCAUUUGUAUCCAUGUGAGAGCAUCUCCGAGCAUGUAUUUGUCCUUCUCUUUGCUUGUCUCUGAGAUGCUCUCUGUUGUUUCUGCUACCUCAGUCUGUCAGGACUUGCCUGUGGGGAUCUUUUCAGGUGGCGACUUAUUCAGGAGUCAGUCAGUUGCACAAAGUCGAUUUGAAAAUGAAAGUAUAGUCAGUUGUUUCAAGUUAAGUACCAUUUCGAGCAUUUCACAGCAUUUCUAGGCCUUAUAAACUUUUGAGGUCAGGUCAGCUGGUUCGGAAGGGUUUUGAUUAAAGUUAAAUGCAGCAAAGACUUAGCUGGAUGAUUUGUCAGGUCUCCCGCUGGCGGUCCUCGAAGACAUAGUAUCCUCUGAUUGUUUGCUGACCAUUGCGUUCUCCUUUUCUUGUUUUUCCUCAAAGAAAGGUGUCAGAUCUUGAUUGUCCUGUCACUCAAAAGUGUGAAGUUUCUGGAGAUACACCGUGAUGCUGCUGCACUGCCGUAGGUGGCCGGGUAGGGCCACGCAUCCGCUUCCACACCCCUGUAAACGUUUGAUUUUAUUGUCACUUUCUUUGAUGAAAAGUCAUAAACUCCUACCUUCCCCUUCCCUUCACCUUUGCCCCCUAACUAUUUGUCAUCCUCUCAGCAUUCUUGGCCACUGAAGCGUGAGCGCCGUGGGGCUGACAGACCCUUGUUUGUCCCAGGAGAGAUAGGGUGUUGCUGGCAGCCCCAGGUCCUUCACCUCUCACCAGGCCUUUUGAUAAACCUCAUUGCUGCCUCUUGGGAUUAUAUACAUGGUCCAGAGGCAUCUGAUCAUGGUCUUCCUCCUACCUUUCUUUUUUGUUCUCUUAUCUUUUCACAGAGGCUUUGCCAUGCUGUCCUCUGAAGAGGAACUUGCAGAUUUUUUAAGACAGGGUUAAGACUUGAGGUUCUUUCAGCAACUAGUGUGGUCAUUAUCCUCUGCAAUAUUGAGAACUGUUUUUAGGAAAAAACACACUAACAUACUACAUACACACAGUAUGAUUGGCAGGCGGUUAAUAUUUCAGCCUUGGUGAAAAUUUCAUGAAUUCUCUCCACAAAAGAGACUCAAUAUUUUAAAGGUUUAGCCAUUAAUGUUGUAUGAUGUCUCUGAUCUCUCGUUUUGAUGUUUCGGGGUAACGGGCUCAGGCUUGAUUUUUAGUUUCUGUGUUGAAAAAUGUAAAAACUAUUUCUAAAAAAUCAGCUAAUGAGCAGGGUUGUGCUUUGUUUAAAUAGCCAGUGCAUUGCUGUGAUCCUCUUGUAGCUUAUUUUUGCCGUCUUUGAAGUUAUGACGUCUUCUGCAUUUAAACUUUACCUUUUCCGUUACCUGUCAGUUGUGAAGUCUACACUACAUGCAGAUAACCACACCAGCCAGUGUAUUUAUAGUUGUGCUGAGGAGCAACACUGGCUUAUGAGCACGAUCGAUAGUCAGGUCAGACAGGCCGGCAUUCGGUGAGCAGAUAUCGAAGUUCAGUCCUCAGCCAGGAAGUUUGGCAGUACAAAAGAUUAAAUGUCAUGCAGAUGAUUCCCACUGCCAAAACAGAAACUAUUCAGAAACUCUUUUGUAGAACACCUCAAACUCAUCUGGUUGAAGUUGACUCGUAAAAAGCCAGAACAUCAUCACUUAAAAGGGGUCUUUGAAAAGCCUUUUUUAUUAUUUGUGACUGAUUCUGUACAUUAUUUUCAGCCAAAUACUUUUUCAGUGCUUUAUAAACAGCAAGGAUUGUAAAUAUGAAUAACUCUUAGCAGGGGAGGCUCAUGCGGAGCUAACUUAGCGGUCCACCUCGGUGGUCCUCUGGAGAUCUAACUUACAAGACUUGGACUGUUGCCUUCCCAAAGGUCAAAAUUAUGGAAAGCUGCUCAUAAAAACAGAAAACCAAGUGCUUUCACUGAAUCUGCGUUUGGGAAAGUAACGCUGAGUGUUUGUUCUUUCUUUCAGUCUUUGAUAAUGUUUUCCAUCUUGGUGUUUCUUGGUGUGCAAAAAUGUAAAGAAGAAAAAAAAACUUACAACACAGAAUACCUCAGAAAAGAAAUCCAUGUAACCUUGACAACCUCCACAUAUCGUCACAUCCUGUCCAUCAACACUUUCAUCUACUGUCCUUUGUCUUUGAUUCCCCCUAUUGCUUCUUUUGCCAUGCAGUCUGUAGCUCCCAGUGGAGGUUCCAUAGAUUUUUAUAUACCGCUUUGGUUUCACAUCCUCAUAUGUGUUCUGUUCUUUUGAUUUGUGAAUAUUCUUGGUCUUUAAACCUUAUCGCAGCCCACCUUGCGUCCUUCAGUUAAAGACAGAAAGAAGGUUUUAAAAAAACAAUUUGAUGCAUCACAAUUUUCAAAAGAGCUCCACAGAAGAUACCAUUAAAAUCCCUGCAAUUGAUGGGCUUUCAUAAAAGCAAAAAAUCCUUCUGUCUUCUGAUUUGAAAAGUGGGUUUGUUUAAAGACUGAAGGCCAAUACAUGGAACACUUGAACCCACAAAGUCCCCAUGUUGUUCCUUUUGCAUACCUCUUUAUCUACUUAUCUACUCUUUAUCGUUGUUCAAAACUGAAUGUAAAAAAACGCAAACACAACUAACCUCUAAUUUAAGUAUACAUAUUUAAGAAUAAGAAAUACUCUAUAUGUGCACAUAGAUAUACCUAUACAAGCCCCACACAGACACACAAACACAAAUGCAUAUGUAUAUACAAAUCUCUAAUGUCAUAUACUUUUAUCUUGAAAAGGAAAAGGAUGAGCCUUUUCCAUUAAUGAUUCAGGGAAACAAUACAGAAGUCCAGUGCAGUAUGUUAGAUAAAAUCACUCCCACGUUGUUGCUUUUGGUGUUCGUUUUCUUACUCUGUUCUUGCUUGUUAUUUCCCCAUGAUGUAGCAUAGGGCAAAGGGGGCAGGGCGAGUUUUUUGUUAACAGAAGAAGUAGUGGAACUAGGGUCUAGUGUAGUUGUAGUCUUUUUAAGCCUGAUUAUGUGAAAACGGGAGGGCGGGGGUGGGCAUUUCCCGAAGUGGAUACUGUAAAGACGGCAUAUUUAUGAAGAUGACUUGGACGUGAAAGUCACAUUGGGGGUGCUGAAGGGUUGUGGGGGGGGGGGGAUGUCUUCAGGACAGUUGUAAAUAGAACUGCUUUACCCAUCAACCCUCGCCUGUCUUUUUCACAGGUGAGGCGGAACUGUAUAUUGAAGGCACUGAGGAGGAACGGUUUGUGUGUUUUUAUGUCUAAAAAAGUAAAGACUGUUUAAUGAAGGAAGUGGAGGAGGGGUGAUGAUCCUGUUCAGGUUUUCUAUGGGACCCAACAUACAGUGAAGUCAUUAGAAAACGUAUCUCCCUCGAGCUUUGCCGGGAGUGACUGACGGUUUCGUGAACGCUGACCCUCUCAAUAUUUUUGCAUGCUGGUGUACAUACCCCUGUAUCAGUCCUUUGGUUUAAAGAGGCUGGUUAAUCCAAAAGCGCUUUUUUGGAUGUUGUCCGCAGGACAGAUUCUGAUGUUUUGAAUAUAAAAAUAUUGCCCCUAAGAAAAAGUCCCUUUCCUGAGAAGAAGGAGCACCUAAGGUGUUUGUUUGUCACUGCAACAGCUUUCGUAGUGGUUUUUGGCUAAAGCUCUUUUGCAAUCAUUUUUUUCCUCGUGUAAAGUAACAAAAAAAGUGUGUAUGAGUGUGAAUCUGUGUGGCUGUGUCAGAAAUAAUGUGAAAAGCUUGCGCUUUUUGAUUUUUCUCAGUUGUUCUUCAACCAUAUUUUGGCCUGAGAGCUGUUUUUGAAGGAUCAUUAAUCUACCUGUGGUCUUAGGGUAACUCAAUGGAACAGCAUCCAAGAUUGAAGAAUUGCAUCUCUGAACGUAUCCUGUUGUCUGUAGGAAAAGAUGCCUCUCUCUGGGCACCUUACAGACCCAAAUUACAUUACACAGACACCCUCAGGGACCCUUAACAACACUGCUCUCACUCUUAUUCAGGUACUUAAUCUACACCGAGGCCUAGCAGUGAUCAACCUUAACUAUGGUUUAUUUUCAAUAGCCUGUUUCUAUGAAGACGAAAAUUACAGCCAAAAUCUUAAACGAUCAGAAGCAGUUUUCUCGACGUCAGAGUUUUGUUAUUUUGUAUUCUACUCACGGGAUAACUUCCCUUUUUUCUAUCCUUUAGCUGUCUCUUCUUUAUUUUUUUCAUCUCUGGAUUUUUUUAGUAUUGUAUGAAUGUUAAUCUUCUUCUCAGUUUAGGACUGCUGAGUCUUUGUUUGCACUCUGUUCUCUCUCUGACUUGCGUCCGGUGCCAUGGCUUUUACUCUGUGCCGAGGACCGACGCAGCCAUCUGGUAUUGUGUGGCUACAAAGCACCAACGGAAAGAUGACUUACACCAAGCUGACCUCUCAAAACAAACAUUUCAUACAAGUGCACAAAACAGUGGUUUGGCUUUUAAAUAGCCUCCACAAUCCUUAAUACAGUAUGUUGGUUUAAAAACCGGAGAACGCUGCAGUUACUGUACGCCAUGUUCAGGUAUCCGUCUGGUUUAAGUGCUAACUAAGUUCUUUCUCUCCGCCACCAAUGGAGUUACACACAACAGAGGAAUGUGACAGAUCUGCCUUUAGUUCUUCUAACGCUUCAGGGAAAACUAAGCAAGCCUCUCUCACCGCAAGUGAAACCGGGAAGAUGGUGGCGCUCAGCUAAGCUUGCAGAGCUGCGAAGGAACGAGGCGAGUCAAACUGGAGCAGAGAGAUCUGUUUUGCAGUUCUCGGUGAAAAGGUUCUCAUUUGUUCUUUGACUUUUGUUUGACAACCACUCUUCUUUGCUGUGAUUGGUUGAAACCUCUGCUGUAUGUCACUAAGUGUUUGUGUCGCUGCACAUAGCUUGGCUUUGGAAGUCUCUUGUAGACCCUAGAGUCUGAUUUUGAUCUAGUCAUGCAAAAGCAGUUAUUUAUUGGCCUGGUCUGGAGGGACAGGAGUGUAUUUUGAAUUUUGCCUAAAUUUUGUACCUCUUACAACAAUCAAAUCAGUGACGUUUGACGAGAACUGUGUUAAAACUCUUAUAAAAUAAGUUGUAUUUCAUGUUGUAAGAACUCUUUUAAGAUUACUUUCUACAUUCCUGAUGUUGAUUUUGGUAGUAACCGGAUUUUGUUGUGAUAGAGACAGCUCUGAUUGGGUUGGAAACAGCUUGUGGUAUUUGGGUAGACGCAGGAAGUGUUGUCCAGGGGGUUGGACUCUAGUUUUGGUAGAACAACAAACCUCUUAUUUCCUUCAGUCUCCAUUUCUGUCCUGCUGAGGUUUCUAACGUUUCAUAAUCUCACCUUCGGUUCUUAACGGGUGGCUGAAUGCCCCACUGCAGGGCCUGCUGGGCUUUUUCCUCUUUUCCGCUGAGAUUUUGUUUUUGGGUUUGACGAUAUACCUCAUUCCUUCAGUCCAGCGGGCCCUAGGGGGCGCUGUGCCGAUGCUCAGGACGCCCAAGCCCCCUUUCACAAUUUGGUCCCACCUGGACUGUACCUCUCAUAAACACAUAAACACACACACGUACACUUACACACUACACACAGGUUCUCCAAAUACCCCAAUGGACCUCAUUUUUUCAAUAUCUACUGUUUACAGUUUGACAAGAAAUUGUAUAAUUUAAAAAAUAUUUUUCUCAUAUUGUAGUUUUAUUUAUGUACAAUAUUUUUUGUUUUUGUUCUUAUUUUGUACCUUGUGAGUUGGACUUUUAUUCUUCUAGGCUUAUAUUAUCGAUGUCCAUGUAAAUGAGCACUUAACAAGGAUCACAAUAAUUGGUUUUAGUUUGAUUGACUGCACUAUUAUAUUUUCUCUUUCUCUCUCCCUGUUUUGAAUGCAAAAUCUGAUUUUCUGAUUGGGCUGAUGAAUAAUAAAUUGUGUCAUAAUGUCCGUGAUUUUUUGUUUGACAAAAAUAUGAAAGAUGAUGAUUUGAUUUCCUACAAUCUUUUUUUUUUUUAACCUCAUUUUGCAUUGAACGUCAGGCGACGCUGAUUAGAUCUGUCUUUGUGCAUGUGUAAAAUAUUUUACUGGUUAUGUUAUAUUCAAUUUGGUAAAAAAGAAAAUUGCCAUUUUUUGCCACACAUUUCAGCUGUAAUGUUGUGUAAGGUAGUAUUCACUGGAUGCUAGAACCUUCUUUUCAAAACCACUAUUCUUCUAAUAAAUUUUGUUGUGAAAAUAAAA